UGGGAGUCCCACACUUCGUCCUCUCUCCCUCUCGAAAAAUGCUCCAAGUGUAAUAACAACUCUCCACACGCUCCUCUCUGUUGUUUUUGACGCGCAUCUGUGGUCUGCUGUCGGCAGAUUACAAUCGGCUGGCUCAUGGUGUUGGGAAGAAGAAAACUGUGAGAAGGAGGAGAAAGACAGACAAGAGGAAGAAACUCUGACUGCGCCGCUUUGGAGUUGGACUUCCAGCCUUAGAAAAAAGGAGAAAAGUCCAGAGGAACAUCUGCAACUUUGGAAGAAGAGGAAGAAAGACGAAAGAAAACACAUUUUUUCCUUUAAGAAAAGUCAAGAAGAGAAAUCCUCCAGGAAGAAAUUACGCUGUCUCCAUGAGGUCCUGAGGAAUGAGCAAUUGCCAUGGAAACCCAGUCCCAGGCCAGUUCAGCAGCUGAGAAGAAAAAGAGGGUGGAGACCAUCGUGGCUACGAAGGGCUCGUCGGCACGCACUGACAUCAGUGAGAAAGCUGUGGCUUCAAGCACCACCUCAAACGAAGAAGAGAGCUCAAGCACUCCAUACAACCGUGAGAGGCGCAAUGCCAUUAGCUCCCAGGCCCAGACGCCCGGCGCCCUUGACAGAACCGUGAACGAGGAACCCUCCACCUCGACGGAAGAACGCCCGUCCCUGCUCAAAAAGGAGCUGCACGGGUCCCUGCCCCAUCUCUCUGACCAUGCCCUGCCCUACAGAGGCACGCUGUUUGCCAUGGACCCCCGUAAUGGCUACCUAGACUCGCACUACCCCGCUCCCCCGUUCUUUCCCACCUUCCAUCCUCCGGUGCCAAUUGACGAGAGACACACCCAGGGAAGGUACUUCUACGAGCCAUCGCCUGUGCCCCCUCUUCAUGUGCCUCCAACGCUCGGCAGUCCAGCUUUCUCCGACAUCUCCCUCAUUCGGAUCUCCCCCCAGCGGAACCCAUCAGUGGGGGCGGAGUCGCCCUUCCACCCUCCACACCCCUACAUCAGCCCAUACAUGGACUACAUCCGCUCCCUCCACAGCAGCCCCUCUAUCUCCGUGGUACCAGCCAGCCGGGGCCUCAGCCCGGCAGAUGCAGCUCACACCAGUCUGACCACAGCCGAGUACUACCACCAGAUGGCUCUGCUGGCGGGCCACCGCAGCCCGUAUACCACAGACCUUCUCCCGACUGUGGCGUCUCCAGCCGGGGCGAGCAGCGCCAGUGCCCUGCACAUGGAGUACCUGCAGGCUAUGGAGAAUUCCCGUUUCCCAAGCCCUAGACUUCCAGCACGACCCAACAGGAAGCGACCCCUGACCAUCUCACCACUCUCCGAGCACAGCCUCGACCUACAGACCAUGAUCCGCAACUCUCCAAACGCCAUAGUAACCACACUGAUGAACAGCUCCCGCUCCAGCUCCUCCACCAGCGGCUCCUACGGUCAUCUCUCCGCCAGAGCAAUCAGUCCGGCAUUGAGCUUUGCCUACCCUCCAACUCCUGUGGCAUUACAUGUCCACCAUCAGCUGAUGGGCCGCCAGCCAGGGAUCGUGGGCUCCGCCUUCGGCCACAGCCCGCCGUUAGUCCACCCGACGCCGCCCUUUGCCACACAGCGGCCCGUACCUGUUAUCCCUCCUCCUGGGCUGGGCUCCAAUGAACGCUCGGCCGUCUCCAACGACUCGUCACAGGCCAAACCGACAAGCGAAUCCGCUGUGAGCAGCACAGGCGACCCAAUGCAUCACAAACGGUCCAAAAUGAAGCCGGAGGAUGAGCUGCCGAGUCCAGGAGCGGUGAGCGUGCAGGACCAUCCUGAUGGGAUGACUCUGGUGAAGGAGGAAGGGGACAAAGACGAGAGCAAACAGGAGCCGGAGGUGGUUUAUGAGACAAACUGCCACUGGGAGAAUUGUUGCCGGGAGUUUGACACCCAGGAGCAGCUGGUGCAGCACAUCAACAAUGACCAUAUCCAUGGUGAAAAGAAGGAGUUUGUGUGUCGGUGGGAGGAAUGCUCUAGAGAGCAGAAGCCCUUCAAGGCACAGUACAUGCUGGUGGUCCACAUGCGCAGACAUACCGGAGAAAAACCUCACAAGUGCACAUUUGAAGGCUGCACAAAGGCCUACUCACGGCUGGAGAACCUGAAAACACACUUACGUUCCCAUACUGGUGAAAAACCGUAUGUGUGUGAACAUGAAGGCUGUAACAAGGCUUUUUCCAAUGCAUCCGAUCGGGCCAAGCAUCAGAACCGCACGCACUCCAAUGAGAAACCUUACGUCUGCAAAAUCCCAGGCUGCACCAAACGCUACACAGAUCCCAGCUCCCUACGAAAGCAUGUAAAGACGGUACACGGGCCAGAGGCCCACGUCACCAAGAAACAGCGGGGCGAUUACCCACGGCCACCACCUCAGCUGCGGGAAUCAGGGGGUAACAGCCAGGGUCGCUCACCCGGGCAGCUGCCCCUGGGUGGAUACACGGACCAAAGGGAGUACAACCACACUACCUCAAAACAAGAUGAAUGUCUGCAGGUGAAAUCAAUCAAGACAGAAAAGCCAAUGACGUCUCAGCCAAGCCCUGGCGGUCAGUCUACAUGCAGCAGUGACCAGUCCCCAGUCAGCACCUAUCCCAGCAGUGGAGUCCAGCUUGCUGUGAGCGCUAGACGCUCGCCAGGGGAGGGGCUGGAGGAGGACGACGAGGAAGAGGAAAACGAAGAGGAGGUGGAGGAGGAGUGCGAGGGGGAGUCAGUCCCCAUUAUGGAUUCCACGGUGUCCACUGCCACCGCAGCCAUGCUGACCCUGCAGGCAAGGCGAAGCAUUGGCCGGCCCAUGCGCUGGAUGGAGCACAUGAAGAUGGAGAGGCUGAAGCAGGUGAAUGGAGCGCUGCCCAGGCUUGGGUCCCUGUCUCCCACACCGCCCCCUAAAAGUUCAGGAAUGCCAAACAUCCUGGGGAAGGGAUCGUGUUUGGGCAGGCAGUGGGGGGUGCCUGCUCCUCAGCCACCUGCUCACCCAGAGUUAGCCAGCACAGAGCUGAACGUGCUCAACUUGCUCAGAGAUCGACGUGACAGCAGUGGGAGUGCCGCCAGUUCAGCCUAUCUGAGUAGCAGUCGGCGCUCCUCAGGCAUCUCUCCCUGCUUCUCCAGCCGGCGCUCUAGCCAGGCUUCACAGGGUGAUGGCGCAGUGCCGGGCCACCAUCACCGCCGCCUUCACAACCUCAGCUCCACCGACUCCUACGACCCCAUUUCCACAGACGCCUCCCGCCGAUCCAGUGAAGCUAGCCAGUAUGGAGGUGGAGUGGCAGGAGGAGGAGUUGGGGCUCUCUCAGGUGGAAGUUGUGGAGUGGGAGUUAGCUACGGAGGAGGAGGUGGGUCGAGAGGGAUGCUCAAUUUAACUCCUGCACAGCAUUACCACCUUAAGGCCAAGUAUGCAGCAGCUACUGGUGGCCCACCCCCCACGCCUUUACCCAACAUGGAACGUAUGAGUCUGAAGACUCGCAUGGCCAUGAUGGAGGAGGGUGGCAGCAAUCACAGCCUUCCACCUUUAGUCAGGCCACCUCGCUGUGGUGAAGCCAAUGGUGAGCUCAACAAUGGGCUUAUGGGACAUGCAGGUUACAGGAGGAGGGUCCUCUAUCCUGGUGAGGGAAAUCUGAAUGGUAACCGAAGGGCCAGUGACCCAGUGCGGUCACAGGCUCCUGAAAGUUAUAGUCUGCCUCCAGUGCAACGUUUCAACAGCCUUAAUAAUCUCCAUCCUCUUCCCCCUCUGGCUCAUAAUCCCUCAGCUGAAUAUCGCAGUUUUAGCCUUCAGAAUUACACACGCUCAGAGGGAAACUUGCAGAGAGGCCUGCAGCAUUCCACAAACACCGUUAGUAUUGCAGAAAAUGCAGCAUUGGAAGCAUUGGCAAUGGAGGAUGAAGGAGAAGUUGGCUUAUUUCUUGGGGAUGAAGAUAUUUUACCUGAUGACUUGGUGCAGUAUCUGCAUUCCCAGGAUCAGAUGAAUGGUGGCUCUAACAUUCAGAAUGAGGGACAAAUAAAUUCUAGCCAAAGGGACAGCUCCUAUCCAGUUGUGGAAGCAGGGGAAAACGGUAACUUCCCUGGCUCUCACCAUCUCCAGCCGCAGCAGAUACUUGAUAGGAAGAGUCCUAGUAAGCUUCCAAUCCAGUGGAAUGAAGUAAGCUCAGGGAGUGCUGACAGGUCUCCUCAAAGGCUUCAAAGCCAUAAUUUGCAGUGCGAGAGAUGGCCUGAACCUCCAAUUGCAUCAACUGGCAGGUUGCGAAACAUGUCGGUGCCCCAGCAGGUGUCUGUGGAUUUCCACAGCAGUUGCCCAGUAGCUAACCAGUCACAAAGUUCUAGCUACAUUAACAGCGGAGUGAAGCUGGAGGCAUUGCCUAACUCUUGCAUGGAAAUGAGAGGUACUAGGAUGUCAAACAUGUCACAUGGCAUCAAUGGGGGUCUUCCUCAAGGUCUUAAACAACAGAUGACCAAUGGACCUUUGAAACCUUUCAGCCAUUUGGAACAGAACAAUAGCAGAACCAUGUGGCAGGUUGGAAACAACCUCAUGCUUACCCGCGCGUCCAUGGACAGUCUAUCCAACCUGUCCCAUGGAACUGCUUCUGAUCACAACCCCCUAGUACAUGCUUCAUACCCACAAAUCAACAAUUACAAAAACUUGGCAAAAACCCAGCAGUUCUUCAAUCUGCAAAGCUCAACUGAAAUUCUCCCAAACCCCCAUCAACCGCAACAGGUACAGAAAAAUGGAGACCAGUUUUCUCUUAUGUGUGAGGUAUCAGGGCUGAAACUGGAGAACCAUGAAAACAUGGGGCAGACUCUGUCAGAUUGUCUUUCCUAUGGCACAGCAGACUGCAAGUCUUCCUCCUUCCCUAUACUGGAAGAGCAGCGUUUGCUAGAGUCGAUGGUUUUAUCUGAGGGAUCAGGUAACAGAAACACCAACACCCUUCCCUCCCCUGGAACUGACUUAGUAACAAGCACUGUUGAUGGCCAAGUCCCUGGCAUAUUAGAUGAUGGGGUAAAUCUAGAUUUUGGUACCAUGCUGGAGGACGGUUAUGAUCAGGGUAGCCUUGUCUCGGAUGUAUUGAGCCCCUCUAUGUUCCAGGGAUUGUCAAGAACCUCGUCACGCCUCACAACUCCCCAAGGAUCUACCACCUUCAACAGUGUUGCUCCUGGCCUGAGCAACAUGGCCAUUGGAGAAAUGAGUUCACUCCUCACCACCCUCGCAGAGGAAAGCAAGUUCCUAGCUAUAAUGCAAUAGUUGCUACUUCUCUCCGCUUUCUCCUCCCUAAGGGUUAAAAAAUGAAAACAGAAAGAAAAAAAUUGGUGUAUGUGAAGAUUUAGACUCACAUAGUGGCAAUUAAGAGAACUUUACAAGAAGUUGCAGUUGCCAAGGUGUUUUAUUUUAGGAAAACAUCAUCCCAAACAGAACAGGGAUGUGCCAUGUAUAUGUACAGAUAAAUGGUUAUAUUCCUUUUCUGGAAUUAAGGCAAUUUUUGAAAGCCCUUCUCUUUGUACAUGUUGGCGAGACAAAGCUUGUUUCCCUUAAAUCAGUAUUGUGUAUUGUCACUGUUUUAUCUAUUUGUGAAAUUGCAUGUAACUCCAGUCAAACCUUGAACACUGUCAAUAGGACUUGAAAGACUAGACCCAUGUGCCAACCUUACUAACAUCAAAGGUACACACUGCAACUGAGACAGGGGCUGUCGAUUUAACAGGCCCUAAGGACAACUUUAUUAAUUUGUGGUAUAUUCACAUCUUUUUUGUGUUGCUUUUGUAAACAUGUAAAAUGUUUCAGUGCUAUGACCAAGUUUUACCAAGUGGUAUUUUUGUCGAAAAAAAGGGACUACACAUCCAAGUCUUCAGCCGCUGUAGAUUGUCUUCUACUUGAUAUCUUAAUGGCUUGAUUUUAGUUAGUCUUGUAAGGUACUCAAGUGUUUGUAGCUGUGUUUUUGUAUUCUGUUUGUGUUCCUAUUUUUAAUGUCUGAUUUUACAGCUCUUCAGAACUGAUGUGUAAAUGGACGCUCCUCUGUCUUAUAAAUCUUGGUGCUUCGCUUGUGCUUACAGGAAUCGACAUGAGUAGUUCAGUGGUUUUGAAAUGUCUUAACUCAUGAAGAGGUCUCCAGCAUGGAAGUGCUGUAAACGUGAUACGUUUUUUUUCUUUUAAAUAGGAAAAUGUGCAUAUUAUUUUCUCGAAAGCUCUUAAAAUGUAGAAUGUGUACUACUAGGGGUGUAAUGCUACACAUAUUCGUUUUUGAACUGCCACGGUACAGACAUCACAUGCAGGUACAUGCAAUAAUUUGACAAAAACAUCAGUCACAGGCUAUCACCACUCUAAAGAAUGCUUUUACUCCUUUUUUGUUAGUACCACAACACAUAAUUUCAAUUCAGUUUACCUAUAUAGUGCCAGUUCACAAGAUUUGAUACCUUAUGGCAGUAUGCAAAGACAAUGCAAUCAAAUCAUACAGACAAACUGGUUAAGACAUCUAAAGAAAGCCAGCUGAUUACAUCGAACUGUGGACUCUGCAGCAAUCCCUUACACAGAGCAUGCAUGCAUUAUAGAGGAAAAACACCACUUUUACAGGAAGAAACGUCAUUAGCCAGGCUAAAGAAACUAGUUCCAUAGAUGACUCUAUUUGGGAAGGAACUGUUAAGUAGAUGAGCUCUGAGCCAGUUUUCAUGUCAAAAAGAAUGAAAAACGUACAGUUAGUCACUGUAAUAGGAGAGCGCAUAGCUAUGUCUUGGAGAGAAACAGGACUAAACACUGGAAAACAGGUCUUACUCAAUCAUCUAUAAUUGAAGUUGUUGAGGGUACCCACCACGCCUUUCAGGAUGGUGUCGCAACUUAACAGAGCACCAGGACAGAUGCACAUAAAAUGACGAGAAAAAGGCUAAACCUACAAGUACUGCAUAAUCGCAGAAUAUAGGUUGAAUAAAACAGAGUGAUUAAAAGUCUAUUUCAUCAAGCACUUCAUGACAAACUAAAACAAAUAAAUACAUGCACGAGUGGGAACACACCUGUAUGCUGAGUAUGGGUUUAUCGGCAUCAAUGAAGAACUGAAGUUUGGAAUUGUUCAAACUCAAUAAUCACCCAGUAAAUGGAAUAUGGCUAGCAGUUUUCAAUUUAUUCUAUACCCCUUAUUAUGGGUUUUCCUACUAUUAACCAUUGACACUAAGGGGCAUUUCCAUAGCAGAGAUAAUUUCCAAUAAUGAGAGUAGUCUCUUUGAUUUCGAUUGCUGAAACCUGAACCAUUUUAAUACAUCUAUCUAUGUAGCAACAGUGAAAUAAUCACA